AUGUCUUUACCAAAAUCUGUAGUACCUCUGGAAUCCAAUCCCGAGGUUUUCACUGGAAUGGCCAAAAAAAUCGGGUUGAAAAAUGGGUUUGAAUUCUACGAUAUCUUUUCCUUAACCGAACCUGAUUUGCUUGCGUUUUUGCCUCGUCCCAUGACAGCUAUAAUACUGCUCUUUCCGUUGAAUCGGUUAUUCGAGUCUUCGAAGGAUUCUGAAAGCACUUCAGCGAAUGCAGACACCCUUCCUGUUUGGUUUCAACAGAAGGUCAGAAACGCUUGCGGAUUAUAUGCCCUAUUACAUUCGUUGUCGAACAACGCAGAUUGUCUGAUACCAGACUCGCUCCUGGGAAAAUUUCUGCAGGAGUCUGUCAACACGGACAACAAGUUUGACGACGAAACGACAGACAACUUUAUCAUUUCGCUUGGUGAUCUGUAUAGCCAGAGCUCAAGCCAGGGACAGACAGAAGCACCAGACGCCAACGACGAGGUUGACCUGCAUUUUAUAACAUUUGUCAAUCGGGCUGGAGAAGUCUACGAGCUCGAUGGAAGACGUGGCGAUGGAGCCAAGAGUUUGGGCAAGUCCUCAUCGCAGGAUUUGCUAGAAGAGCCCGUAAUCAAGAGUCGCGUGCAAUGGUACAUGGAUAAUGCAGAUGAAGACUCCAGGUUGAAAUUCUCGCUGUUAGGUUUAGGGCCGUCAUGGGAUUGA